ACUUCCCGCUUGCACUUACUCAGUGAAACUCUCAGAUACCCGUUGCCCGAGCCCAUUAACCACCAUGAGGAUUAUUCUACUGGUGAUCCCAGUCUGCCUCCUGGUCCUUUCGGAAGCGCGACGCGUUCCGCAAAGCCGACAGCGAGUGGAGGAACGGCAGGUGUACUACGUCGACGAGGACGAGGAGGGUGCGGGGGUCGAGGAGGAGGAUUCACCGGUCGUCUACCAGCCGCGAACCCGGGCACUUCCAUCGCCACGUUCCAAGGAUACGAGCGCCUCGAAACCACCGCCUGUCCAGACCAUCCGCAACUACAACAAGGUGAACGACGACGGGUCUUUCACGUUCGGUUACGAGGCGGCGGACGGUUCGUUCAAGGAGGAAACCCGGGGCACGGACUGCGUGGUGCGCGGGAAGUACGGGUACGUCGAUCCCGACGGUAACAAGCGCGAGUUCACCUACGUAUCCGGUAACCCCUGCGACCCCAACGCUCCCAAGGACGAAGACGAGGAGCCGGUGCGUGGGCAGCCCGAGGACGACGUCUCCGGGCCCGCGAACUACCCCUCCGUCAGGCCCGUCCAGCGACCCACACGCCCCACCUUCGCUCCCACGACACGCGCCCCCACCACCAUCUUCCAGACUCAGUACCAGAUCAGCGACGACGACGAAAGCCAGGAACUCGAAGACGUCAGGCCCCAACCACCCCAGCGCCGUCCCCCCGUCGUCUCCAUUCCCCGUCGUCAGCAGUUCACCCAACCACCGACGACCCCCGCCCCGCGUCCAGCCGUCUACCAACCGACCACCCCGCGAUACCAGGCCCCGACCACCCCCGCCUCGACCAUCUAUCGCGCCCUUGAGGCCACCACCACCCCAGCCCCCCAGCCUCAGACCUACAGGCCGCAGUUCGUGCCCGCCGUCGCCAUCACGCCGAGGCCCCAUGCGGCCCAGGUUGCGGCCCAGUACGCGCCCAUCGCGCAGACCGAGAGGCCUGGCGUGAUCUAUGCCCCGAGGCCCGGGCCCCAGACGGUUCGUCAUCGGAGUACCAGUCCCGCGCCGCUAGGUGGCGACGACUUCGCGGCGGAGAUUGAGCGGUACGUAAACACCGUGGGACUCAGUCCCAGACCCGUGAGGCCCACGCAGCCCGCACCGCUGCAGAGCCAAAAACCGAAACAGGCGCAGCGCGCCGACCCCAUCUACCAAUCGGAACUGGUCUUUGACCCGGCAACCGGUCAGUACAAUACACAACUUUAUCAGACCCUGCCGCAGACGGUCGGAGAUUUUAGUUUGAGUCACAAGCUGCAACCGUUUGUAGCACGGCAACAGCUCGCUCAAAGACAGCAGACGGAACAGGAGCCCAGAGCAUCCGCGGCAUCGAUUUACAGGCAAAGAGAACAGCUCCCACAAACCGCCGCCGCCUCCCCCGCCCCCCAGCCUCAAGCCGCCAUAUACAGGCAGCAACAGGCCCAGCUUUUUCAACAGUCCCAGCAACUCUACGCUCAGCAACAACGCAGACAGCAGCAGCCUCAUCGGUUUCAACUUCUAGAGUCCCAGGAAGGUUCUCAACCCUUUUACUACAUCUCGCCGUCCCCGUCAACUGGUAGCGAUUCUUCCCGACUUUCCGCUGGGCAGAUUGAUCAGUUCUUGCGCGGUGCUUCCGCUGGCUUUUAAUCGCGCUCACGUCGCUGAAUUAAUUCACUUUGAGAAAUUUCUGUCUUUUUUUUACUCGCGACGGUAGAACUACGUCAGAUCUUUAACUUACGGUGAACUAACGAUCUAUCAACGCCAAUCGCUCUCAUAGAGAGCGUUCGAUGAAUUCAAACCUUUUAUGCAUAAUAUAUACGUUAUAAAAAUAUGAUUCUUUUUCUACGCGAUAAUGCUGGUAUAACACUUGUGAUCUUCAUCGCGAAAUAGAGUCAAAUUUUACCGGUAAAUAUUACCGACGCGUGCCGAUCGUGGCCCGUGAAAAUCGAUUUAAAAUAUUCCCCAGCAGUCAUUUCUAGCAUGAUUUAUGGAUUCAGCUAACGUUAUGGAAUCCAGCGAUCGAUGACGAGGUUUUCCGUAAAUUUUCUUAUAAGGAACAAACGCAGUGAAAGCUCUCUCCUGACGCAAUGCACGGGUGUAGCACAGAUCACGUU